AUGUCUCGACGUCAACCGAAGAUGCAUCGACUCCGGAAGUACAGCUCCAUUGAAUGGGUCUAUCCAUCAUGCGAUGACUCUGAUGCAGGAGACGAUAUUCAACGUUUGAUAGUCAAGGAGGGGGACGAUAUGGCAAUAUUCCCACACGAUCAAAGGGUAGUUCCAGUUGAAGAUGGAAGCCUUGCUGCCAUGGAGUAUUGGUAUGGGAAGGUCAAUGAUAUCUACGUGCAACCGAACACCAGAGAUGCGUGGGUUAACUUACAGUGGUAUUAUAGACGGAUAGACCUCGAGGAUUAUUGCAUCGACAUUGCGGAGUUCGUUGGAGACUAUGAGCUUGUCCGCAGUGACCACAAGUCUCUUGUCGAUAUGCAUUGUAUCGAAGACCAUGCUAUCAUCCAGAAAUACGACGAGGCUGACCUAAAACAACUUCAAAUUCCACCCGCUAAAUUGUAUUGUCGCUGGGAAAUAGAAGUCACAUUCAAGGCCGGCAAGCUGCAGAAAGCGCAUCUUCGCUCGCAUACAUCUCCCAUAUCUAGGACAUGCAACAUAACAAGCCUACGCUAUGCGGCUGUAGUCGAUGUGGUUUUCCGAGAGGGCUCUACUUCCCCAAUGUCGAACAGCGAUACUGCAGGACGUGUGCAUGCUGGUUCAAUCGUACCUGUCUAG